AUGUCUCAGCUGGAAACUGCGAUGGGAAUGCUCAUUGCUGUCUUUGACAAAUACGCGAGGUCUGACGGCAACAGGCAGACCCUCAGCAAAGCAGAGCUAAAGACCCUCCUGGAAAAAGAGUUCCCAAACUUCAUCUCGUCUGGGAAGGAUAAGGAUGCCAUUGAUAAAGUCUUCAAGAGCCUGGAUGAAAAUGGCGAUUCCCAAGUGGACUUCAAAGAGUUUAUCAUCUUUGUGGCAGCUCUGACUUGCUGCUGUCACAAAUAUUUUGAGCAGAAAGCACCCUAA